AUGAUUUUAUCCUUCAAUUUGAUACAUUCUUUUGAUUUGAUUUUAUACAUUUUCUUGCGUCCUUUUCUAUCUAUCUAUCUAUCUAUCUAUCUAUCUCUCUCUCUCUCUCUCUCUCUCUCUCUCUCUCUCUAUUUCAGUCUGCUCAUUAUCUAUCUAUCUAUUUCAGUCUGUUCAUUAUUUAUCUAUCUAUCUAUCACUCUCUCUGUCUAUUUCAGUCUGCUCAUUAUCUAUCUAUCUAUCUAUCUAUCUAUCUAUCUAUCUAUCUAUCUAUCUAUCAAUUUCAGCCUGUUCAUUAUCUAUCUAUCCAUCUCUCUAUCUAUCUAUCUAUUUCAGCCUGUUCAUUAUCUAUCUACCCAUCUCUCUCUCUAUCUAUCUAUUUCAGCCUGUUCAUUAUCUAUCUAUCUAUCUAUCUAUUUCGGUCUGCUCAUUAUCUAUCUAUCUAUCUAUCUAUCUAACUCUCUCUCUCUCUCUCUCUCUCUCUCUAUUUCAGUCUGCUCAUUGUCUAUUUAUCUAUCUAUCCCUCGCACUCUCUCUCUCUCUCUAUUUCAGUCUGCUCAUUAUCUAUCUCUCUAUCUAUCUAUCUCUCAAUCUAUCUAUUUCAGCCUGUUCAUUAUCUAUCUUUCUAUUUAUCUAUCUAUUUCGGUCUGCUCAUUAUCUAUCUAUCUAUCUAUCUAUCUAUCUAUCUAUCUAUCUAUCUAUCUAUCUAUUUCGGUCUGCUCAUUAUCUAUCUAG